AUGACACCAGAAUUUGAGUCAUCAUCUCAAUCGUACACAGAUUUACUGGAGAAGGUUGAACUGGUAGUGGGCAGUGAAGUUCCGAUAGCUGUGAACAGUUUCGGUGAAUCGCUCGAGCAACUCUGUUCAAAAUGCAAAUAUCCCGAACGUAUUCUUGGUGUUUUCUAUGUGAUGCCUGUUGAGCGUGUCGAAUGUGCGGAACUGAUCAAACACAACAAAACAAAUCAAAAGUCGAUCGCAACAGUGGCAUCCUUACUGCAGUUACAAAAGAAGUUGAUGCUAUUAAGUACAGAUGCAAACGACAAACCGGGAUAUUACAUUGUUCAAUGCAUGCUGGCUGCAAUUAAUGAACUGGAUCGGCAGAUAUGUGAGGGAUACUUGAGAAAUGCGAAUGAUGUUGAUAAAUUGUUAAGCGGAGCUGGUUUCAUGAUGAAUUUUGCUGAAUUAUCAGAUGCAAUUGGACUUGAUGUCAUUAACGAUGUUGUCAGUCGAUUCACAACUUCCAACUACCAUUUCAAGCUUGAUUUUAUUCAAAAGAUGGAAGGUGAUGUCGGCUGCGUAUUCGGAAUGGGAUUCCCUGCAUUUCUCGGUGGUCCAUUUCGUUUUCACGAUGAACAUCUUCAAGAAAACGCUGAUAUCAUUAACGAUCGCAAAAACUGCCUAGAAUUUCUGCAAGAAGCAUUAUCGGACUCAAACGUGAAACGUUUCUACGAUUGA